GUGUAUACAGUGUGUUCCUGUAUGUUUCAGCUAUGAGGGGAAUUGUCCUUCUCUUUCUGCUGUCUCUCUGGCCUGGAGGAAAGGUGGAUGCUAUCGAUCAACAGAUCUUGGCUAAUGUGGUACAAGAGAUGAGAAGGUUCGGCCUGGAGAACCGCCAGUAUGCCAUGGCUGUCUUACUCACCCAACAGCAGUGCACCCAAAAUGGAGCAAUAUUUGAUGUAGGCGUGCAACCUCCGGUUGUCCAGCAGAGACUACAGGAUUAUAGUGUCUACAUAGGAGACCGGCUCAUCGCAGCCAUACCUGACACCUACCACGCUGAGUACCUUCUCUUGGGGCAUGAUAGAACCAACCCCAGCAAAAUGCAGACUCUGUUAACAGCAGCAAAGCCUAAUGACUGCAUCGUCUUCUUCUCCAACUACUCUCCCUGCCUGGAGAGAUGCAACGUCCUUAAUGGAGCAACCAGCAUUCUGCCCUUCAUGACCGUCUUCAACGGCAGGAACGCCAACCAGAUGGCCUUUGUCUUCUCCUCGGUUUGGGACCCCACAAAGCACCAUACAGGAGUGACCAAACCGACUAAGCAGCAGGUGUUUGAGUCCUUCAAGAGAAUAGAAAGUUCCCUCCCUUUAUAUCGUUGUGUCAGAUUCAAGGAUCAAAACACAUGUUACCGUUGUAUCACUGCCAACACAAAUCCUGAGACCAAUGACUGUCUGUAUGGAUACUAAUAGUGUACAUUGUCUGUAUGGAUACUACUAGUGUACACUGUCUGUAUGGAUACUACUAGUGUACACUGUCUCAAUGGUGGAAAUAUAGAAAUGUAUAUUUUCUUUCUC